AUGGCUCCCAGAGGGUUCAUGCAGUUGUAUGUGAUACAUGUUCCACUUGGAAAUACAGCUGUCAGCACCGUCUAUGCUGUUCUCCAACGCAAGUCCCUGCCGUCCUACGUGGAACUGUUCCAGGCAGUGAUUGACCAUUUCCACAGCAUGGAACUCUACAUAGACCCAAUUACGGUAGUGUGUGACUUCGAACAAGGUGUCAUCAAGGCCUUACAGACAGCCCUGGGUCCAGCCAUCACCAUACAAGGGUGCUUCUACCAUCUUACACAGGCUACCUGGCACAAGAUCCAGGAACUUGGACUUGCACCACGGUACUCCACAGAUGAGGAGUUCAAGCUCUUCUGUUGUCAGCUUGAUGCACUGGCAUUUCUACCUAUUGAGGACAUUCCAGUUGGUAUGGCAUCCCUGCGUGAGAACACCCCGGAUGGACCUAUGUUACAGGAAGCUAUCGCCGUGCUCAACCAGGUCAUGGUCAGAUUGGCAUUCGGGUCAAGAGGAUUCAUCCACUACCCACCAGCUGUGUGGAACGUCCACGAGGCUACUCUCGCUGGUGAGCCACGCACCAACAACCAGUGUGAGGGCUGGAACAAUCGCUUCACGCACCUUAUUGGAUACAGCCAUCCAACCAUUUGGAUACUCACUGAAGCCAUUCAGAAGGACUGCUUCAUUCGCACCCAAAUCAGUGAGGACUUGAUUGGGAAUCCACCUGCAAAGCGAGUCAGACGAAAGCAGAACAAUCUGCAGGCACGCCUACUCACCCUGUGCCAGGAUCGUCAAUCAGGACGUAAGACAGUUACAGAGCUUCUUCGUGGUGUUGGCUACAAUAUCCGAUGGAAAGAUACUCUGUGA